AUGGCCGCCGACGAGUAUCAAUCCACAGCGCGUGCGCUGGCUUCGCGACCUGACGACGACGAUGACUACAUAUCGCCCAGCAAUCGACCGCGUUCAUCCUCACCCUUGUGGUCACGACGGACUGGUAGCCACGCACGCUCGAUCCCGAUCCCAAAUACUUGGCUGCGAAGGGCUGAACAACUACAACGCAAAGGCAUGCGCUUCUGGACACAGCUGACACCACUCCAAAAGGCCGGUCUGAUCAUCGCCAACGUGCUGCUUUUCACUCUGGGAAUCUUGUUCAUCUCAUUCAGCKGGCGGAUCUUCCAUCUGCUAGGCCCAUACGCAAAGAAAUGGAGAGAACUACCAGCAGGCUGGUUGAUCCUCUGGUUCAUGACCUUCUUUGUGUCAUUUCCGCCGAUGAUAGGAUAUAGCACUUGCGUCACGAUUGCUGGCUUCGUGUUUGGCAUGAAGGGUUGGUUCAUCGUGGCAUCCGCUACGGUGCUGGGCUCUACGGUCUCCUUCCUCACCUCACGGACCUUGUUGAAGAGCUUCGUGUCUAGGUUGGCGGAGAAGGAUCAAAGCUUUGCAGCACUCUCCCUGGUGUUGAAACACGAUGGCCUGAAACUGCUGUGCAUGAUACGAUUGUGUCCGUUGCCGUAUAGCUUUGCGAAUGGAGCCAUCAGCACGAUCCCGUCAGUAACAUGGCAGAACUUUGCGCUUGCGACUGCACUGGUUUCUCCGAAGCUGCUACUACACAUCUUCGUGGGAGGCCGGCUGGGUGACAUUGCAGAGAAUGGGGAUAAGAUGGAUGCGAAGACCAAGGCCGUGAGUUAUAUCAGCAUAGCCGUGGGAAUGGUUGUUGGUGCUGGAACGGGUUAUAUCAUCUACACCAGGACAAAAGCCAGAGCAAAGGUGCUCGAAGCGGAAGAGCUUGCUGCUGCAGGCGGGCGGCCCGUUGACCAUGGCGGGGAGUACGAUGAUGACCUGGACGAUGAGGCUGCUGUCGGCUUUCGCCGCAGAGAUGACGAUAUCUCAUUACACCAAACUUAUGAGGAUGAUCUGGGAGGCGACUCCGUCUAUCGUGAUCAGUUCACAGAUGAUGAGGAUGMCGAAAUACGAGACGUCUUUGAUAUAGGGGACGGUGACGAAGAUGAUGAAACUUUCAAGAAAGGGAAUAGAUAG